AUGUCCAGUCCUCCUUCACGGCUCAAGAACCUGCUUGGUCAUUUCCUGCCCUCGUCACAACCCACAGCGGCUGCCGAAUACAAGCACAACUACAACGUCCACCAGCUCUCGCCCACCUUCUUUCUCGAGCGCGCUGCCGCCAUUGAGCCUGAUGCUGAAGCCAUCUUUCACGUGACGGCCAAUGGCAAGACCCUACGUCGGUCCUACUGCGAGUUUGCCGACCGCGCUCGUGGUCUGGCGUACUACCUCAUCAAGCAUGGUCUCCGCCGAGUCGGUAUCCUGGCCCCCAACACACCAGCCUUUCUCGAGUCCAUCUUCGGCAUUGCAGCUGCCGGCGGCGUCAAUGUCGCCGUCAAUUACAGACUGAAGCCCGACGACGUCAACUACAUCUUUGACUUUGCAGAGGUCGACUCCAUCAUUAUCGAUGCCGAGUUUGCCCAUCUCCUCGAUGACUUUAAAAAGUCCCAUCCCAGCGUGCACUUCCUCAUCGACACCGACACGGACGCUACCGAGGGCCAAUUGAGUGGGCCCUUUGACGAUGCUGUCCUCGAAGGCCUGCAGUAUGACCGCGCUCAAGGCGCCAAGGGCUGGGCUGGUCUGCAGUCUCAGUGCGCCAGCGAGGACGACAUGAUCUCGAUCCCCUUCACCUCGGGCACCACGUCCAGGCCCAAGGGUGUCGUCUACACCCACCGUGGUGCGUAUCUGGCUGCCAUGGGCAACAUCAUCGAGUCGGGCCUCAACUACCAUGUGGGCCGGUGCAAGUACCUCUGGACCCUGCCAAUGUUUCACGCCAUGGGCUGGACGUUCCCGUGGUCUAUCACAGCGGUCCGCGGCACGCAUGUCUGCUUGCGCAAGAUUGACUAUCCCCUGAUCUGGAAACUUCUCAAGGAAGAGGGCAUCACUCACUUCAAUGCCGCGCCCACCGUCAACACACUGCUCUGCUCCGCCAAGGAAGCCGAGAAGCUGCCCCAGGAGGUCCGGGUCACGGUCGCCGCCAGCCCCCCAAGCGGCCACCUUUUCGAGCAGAUGACAAACCUCAAUCUGCACCCCGUUCACGUGUACGGUCUGACCGAGACGUAUGGGCCGAUUACCAAGGGCUACCAGAUGCCAUCGUGGGAUGCGCUCUCGCCGUCGGAACGGUAUGCCAAAAUGGCGCGCCAGGGCCACGGCUUCGUCACGAGCCUGCCGAUCCGCAUCAUCAAGACGGACCUGCCAGAGGGAGAGCUGGUCGAUGUGGCCAGGGACGGCAAGGAAAUCGGGGAGAUUGUCUUUUUUGGAAACAUCUGCGCAAAGGAAUACUACAAGGAUGCCGAGGCCACGCGGAAGCUUUUCGCUGGUGGCGCGCUUCACUCUGGCGAUCUCGCCGUGUGGCACCCCGACGGAAGCGCCCAGAUCCUGGACCGGGCCAAGGACAUCAUCAUCUCGGGUGGCGAGAACAUCUCUUCUGUAGCGCUCGAGAGCAUGCUCAUGCAACACCCAGAUCUCCUGGAGGCUGCCGUCGUGGCCGUGCCUGAUUCGCACUGGGGCGAGCGUCCCAAGGCAUACGUGACAGUCAAGGAAGGUCGCCAAGUGGCGGGCGAGGACGUCAUAUCGUGGGCGAAACACCAGAGCAACAUCAGUAAGUUCAUGGUGCCUCGCGAGGUGGAGAUCGUCGAGGAGCUACCCAAGACGAGCACCGGCAAGCUGAAGAAGAACGUGCUGAGGGAGUGGGCCCGGGGAAGCCGCCAGGCAUGA